UGGUGCGUUGAACGAUUGGCGACCUAGGGUCGUGUGGGCGCACUAGGAAGGCUAUGUGGCAACCUAGGGGUGCAUGCAAGAUGAUGACAGUUUGUUGACAUGGCAAUUUAAGCCGAAGUGGAACUGCAUUGCAUUGUGGGUUGUGCCGAGGCGUCGACCGCUUAUUAUAAAUGCACGUGAGGUUGCUGGUGAGAAAUUUGUGGUUGGGGGCAGCAUUAUGAGUGCAUCGAAGCCCUCCGAGGUUCAUGCAGUGCUUAAAUUCAUGGAUGAGAUGUCUACGAUGGAAGCCUUGCAUGCCAUUUCCCGUUGGAAAGCGACAAGGAGAGACGUUCCAAAGACCGCGUUCCGAUCGCAAUUCGGCCACUACGAGUUCACGGUGAUGUCAUUCGGCCUCACCAACGCACCCGCUACCUUCCAGAGGGCGAUGAGCGACAUCUUCAGGGACACCCUGGAGCAGUACGUUCUCGUCUACCUUGACGAUAUCCUGGUCUAUAGUCGUACCCUUGAGGAGCACCUCAGACACCUCCGCGGAGUCCUUGACCGCUUGCGCAGACAUGGCUUCUACGCCAAGCUAAGCAAGUGCCGCUUUGCCCAGCACAAAGUGGAUUUCUUAGGACACUACGUGUCUGACCAGGGUCUCCACAUGGACGACGUGAAGAUCACUGCUAUUGCGGAGUGGCCCGCUCCCACAUCCGCCAAGCAGCUUCGCAGCUUCCUAGGCCURACCAGCUACUAUACACUGGAGAUGGAUGUCGACUUCCUGAAGGAUGACGUGCAGUUGCAGCAGACCACAGCACAACAGUUGGAACAACGGAUCUGUACUGCAGCCAACACCUCGAGUCCGGAACCUCGCGAGACAGCUACAAAGUUUGACGGGUGGAAGAUCUUUUGCGACUCGAUCAAGACAAAUCCGAUCCCAUGGUUUUGCAAGUUCGAGCUCACGCUGCAGCUACACAACGUCAAAGAACACAAGCACCAUGCAUACUUGUACUCUCGCUCAGGGGGCGAGUGCCAGGCUUGGUUGGACAAUCUCUUGUCCAAGUACGGAGUGGUAGCUGCCAACUUGCACACCAAGAUCAGUUGGGAUGAUCUGAAGGCGGCGUGGCACAAGCGGUUCCAAGUCGAGUCGCCAGAGAUCAAGGCUAUGGACAAGCUCAUGGUCUUCGAACAAGGCGCGUUGCCGAGUACCGACUGGAUCACCGAGUACCAACGCUUGACGUCAGUCCCAGACAUCCAAAUGGGCUUCAAAGCCAUCCACCACUAUUUCAUCUCAAGGUCCUGUCCGACAUUAAGUAAUGCCCUGACUCACGUCGAGGACACGUUGACGACGACGGAGGAACUUUUUGACAAGGCCACGCAGAUCAUCAUUACGAACAAGGAGGCUAAGAACCUGCGUUCGUCUGUGGCAGGCCCGAGAAGGGACCAGCACCGGCCAAGAGUGGCCGUGGUCGUGGCGGCAACGCCGUUUGACCAAACUAGCGAGGCCGUGUCUGCCCAUGAAGGAGACAGACUCGCAGCCGCCCGGGAAGCUCCGUUCACAGACCCCGUGAACGGUGAACGGGGGUACGGCACUGUCUACGAUUGUGUAUCGACUACCGCAAGCUCAACGCGCAAACCGUCCAGAAUGCGGGGUCUCUCCCCCGCAUCGAUCCGGUCGAAUGAUCGCUAUAAAUCCGCGUUCAAGAUGCAGUACGGACAUUUUGAGUGGGUGGUCAUGCCUUUUGGCCUCACCAACGCCCCAAUGACCUUUCAAGCGACAAUGACCAACGAGUUCCGUGCAAUGUUGGACCGGUUUGUGCUGGUCUACGUAGACGAUAUUCUCGUCUAUAGCCGGACAUUGGAGGAUCAUCUUGGGCAUCUUCGACGAGUGUUGGAGACGCUUUGCCGCGCCAAGUACAAGGCCAACCGCGACAAGUGCGAAUUUGUUCGGCAAGAGCUGAAAUACUUGGGCCAUUUUGUCACACAGGAGGGCAUCAGUCCGCUAUCGGACAAGAUUCAAGCCAUCCAAGAGUGGCCGGAGCCUCGGAACGUCAUGGAUGUCCGUUCGUUCCUUGGCCUUGCCGGCUACUACCAGCGUUUUAUCAAAGGCUAUUCGAAGAUCUCGGCCCACUUGACCAAGCUUCAAUGCGAGGAUUGGCCGUUUGACUUCGGAGAGGAGGCGCGAUAAUCAUUUUUGGCUCUCAAAGCCGCGUCAUUAUCUGCGGAGGUCUUGCGCAUAUACGACCCACUUUUGCCAACGCGUGUCACUACGGAUGCG